AUGGCCUCUUCACAUUCCGGAGCUGCCACGCUCCCCAAGGGGUUCCGCUACCACGACACCGACUCUGCCGAGCCCAAGACACCAGAACCCCCCCCCGCCACCGCCGACGCCGACCACGACCAGAGCCUCGACAGCAGCAUGCUGCAGCCACCGUCGCCACCUCGUCCCAGAUUCAAGCUCAAGAGGCGUGUCGUCUCCAGCUUCAACGCCCCGACCCAACAGUUUCUGGCAUCGGUCGCCGCUGCCGACGUGCCUAUUCCCAGCAUCGAAGAGAGCGCUACCAUGGCGUCCGACGAGAACAUGACGGGCAUGACGUAUUCGGAUCUCGCCAACACGAGGUAUCUUGACGAUCUCGACAUGGGCAACAGCAUUCGAGGGAGGACAGUUUCGCCCCCCAAGACCCCGGCACCCGGCUACGCCCCGUCCCUCUCCCCGAGGCGAUACCCCAACUGGUCGAGGGACUCGGCCGUCACCAGCGAAGAUGACGACGACGGCGACGAUUCCUCAGCCGAGUGGGAGUCGAGUCGUCCCUCCACUGCGCGGUCUACACACACCAGUGCCUCGCUUUUCAGCCGCUACUCCAUCACCUCUGACGAGCUCCAGUGUGCCUCGGUCGUAGAUCCAAGCGACCUCGGCUUCCGAUAUCACUUUGAGGAGCCCAGCAAGUCGGCCAACGCCUACUCGCAAACGACAUCCAAAGCCUCCAAGAUGAGGAAGGCGGCCUGGACCAGGCCAAUGAGCGAUCAUCUGUGGUCGACCUAUCUCACCUAUCUCCAGGACCCGAGCAUCACCCCCGUCCGCAACAGCAAGUCUGGCGUCCCUCCACAAGGUGUCUGCGCUCGUGUGGCCCGGGAGACGAAGAGGAGUUGGCGUGGGCCGAGGCCGAAGAGCGGCGCCGGCACCCACACGCCAACCCCCGAUUCUAGUACCUAUCUGCAGUGGCCGCACACCUACGCCGCCACGCGCGCUCACCUACGGGAGCUCUGCAAGCUCAAGGCCUCGUCACACGGCAUGCGCGCCAGUCAGUACAUCAAGCACAGCCCAACACCAUUCGGCCGCACCGCCACCAGAUUCUGGAAUCGUCGCUCGACACCGACACCCUCUGCCUUCUCUUCGAGGGACAUGGUCAUGUCCCUGACGCUAAGCACGGCUGCGUCGAUGCAGCCCCGGGGCCCGCUGGCCCAACUGACACAGUCGACGCCGGAACCCGUUGCGGCGCCAGCCGCGUCCACGCCCGAGCCGAAAUCAGAAGUGCCAGAUAUACCCACCAUCGGACGCCGCCGGCUGGCAUCUCCAUUUACCACGAAAAGCUACGGGCCGAGCUCGUCGAACGUCAUGGGUGCCUCUGCCGACCAGGGCCCAGCCAGGCAAAGCAGCACGUGCGGGCCCCGCCGCGGUCUACAGUCGCCCGUCAAGCUGGCCCGUAGCCGAUCCAACACGCAGAAGCGCAGGUCCCGCCAGUCGUCAGUCGAGCCCCGCAAAACGAAGCGACCCAGCCUUGCCUCCGACUUUUGGACACAACCGACGGAGCCGCUCGUCGACAAGGUUGCCUACAGCUCGACCGACAGCCACAAGCUCGAUAAGCUGUUUGUACCGCGGACCAACUUGGCUGAGCUGUUUCCCCUAUCGCUCGGAGUGAACCAGUCGCUGCCGCCGCCCCAACCCCAGUUCCAAAGGGGACUCACUGCUGCCGCGAAUGCGCCAGCUCGCCUCGGCUCACCAUUCACAACAUCAUCCUCGAGCCUUUCUUUUCCUAACCGGUACACCAAGCCGGACGAGCGGAAUGCCGCGGCUGUUUCCAAGCCUUACGCAACGGUACAACAGCCACGAGAAGUCCCCAACGCGACGCCACCACGUGGCUUGGUCGGCCACCUGGCAUAUCUUGAUGAGCGCCUCAGGGAGCUUCGACGACACGACAGCCGCCGUCGAUCCGAGUCGCCAUUCUGA